AUGAAGGGUGAAGGAACUUCAUUUACUCUGAGAAGUUGGAAUCUGAAGCACACAUGCAAUGAAAAUGUUAAAGGGGAGAACAAAUGUGCAAAUCCAACAUUUGUAGCUGAUUUGUACAUGGAAAGGUUGGAGACUCUUGGCAACAAAAACAACAUCCCUGAUCCUGAGUCAUUGGAAAAUGAGUUCAACAAAACAAUGAAGGUGAACAUUAAGUACCAUACAGCCUGGAGAGCAAGAAAUAUUGUGUUGCAGAAUCUUUAUGGAAGCUAUGAGGAGCAUUACAAGAAAAUUCCUGCAUUCUGUGAAAUGGUGAAGGAAAAAAUGUCUGGAAGUGUAGCUAGUUUCUCAUAUGGAAGCACAAACAACACAUUCUUGUCAAUGACACUCUGCUUCAAGCCUGCUAUAGAAGGAUUCUUGGUUGGAUAUAGGAAAAUCAUUGGAUUGGAUGCUUUCCAUUUAUAUGGGAAGUAUGGUGGUGUGUUACUGGCUGCAACAGGUCUAGAUGGUCAGAAUGGUUUAGUUCCUCUUGGUAUAAUGGUGUGUAGGAAUGAAACCAUUGAGAAUUGGAAGAUAUUUCUCAAAGACUUGAAAGCUAUACUGGGUGAAGACUUGCAUUUCACCAUUAUAUCAGACAAGCAUAAGGGGAUUAGUGAAGCUUGUGACAAAUACUUUUGCUUGGAUGAGCAGAGAUUAUGUUUCAGACAUUUGAUGAAGAAUUUCAAGAAGUAUUUCAUGUCAUACAGCUUACACACUCAUUUCUGGAAUGCUGCCAAAUGUUACAAGAAGAGACACUACCAGCAACACAUGGAUAAAUUGUUUGCCGAGGAUGAAAAAGAUGCAUUGUAUCUCCUAGUUCAAAAACCUGAAUGCUGGUCUAGGUCUCAUUUCUCAAAUGAUAGCAAGUGUGAGCACAUUAACAAUAAUUUCUCAGAAUAUUUCAACAACAUGGCCAAGCCCUUCAGGGAUAAGCCUAUCAUUACACUUGCACAAAUGUAUAAUAAACUGGUGAUGGGUCUUUUCUUCAAGAGGAGGAAUGAAAGUGAAAAGUGGCAGGAUGAUCAGAUAGUUCCAAAGGCAAUGAAGCUGAUUACAAAGAUGCAGGACUUAAAUCAUCUGUUUGAGUUGAUUGGAGCUGUAAGGGGAAAGGUGUAUGAGGUCAGGAGUGUUCAUGAUGUUGUGUUUAUUGUGGAUCUUCCCAAAAAGACAUGUAGUUGUUUGCAGUGGGAGCUGAGGGUAUUCCCAUGUCAACAUGAUGUAUGUGCUUUAACACCUUUGAUACCAAACUGGGCUGACUACUGUGACCCUGUGUAUAGUGUGGAAUACUACAAAAAGACAUAUGCUCCAGAGUUUGAACCACUGUCAGCUGAAAUUGAUUGGAAUAUACUGGUAGAGUUCAUCAAUCGUCCUGUUAUCAUAAGGAAAACUGGAAGGACAAGGAAGAAGAGGAUUCCUUCUUAUGAUGAAGCUGGAAGUGUGAAGAAAAUGAGAAAGUGUAAGAAGUGUGGAAUUUAUGGUCACUAUGCAGUAACUUGUGGUGGUGGAGAGGUUGGAAAGAAUACAAAGGGCAACAAGCCUAGAACCUGUGUUGAUGGCUCAACAUCAACACCUUAUGUCCCUGAACCAUCAAAAAGAAAGUACAACAGAAAGAAACCAGUUGCUAGUGCUUCUGCAGGUGCAUCUACUACUGUUAAGGAUUGA